UUCCGGCCACGUAGAUGUGGAUGGUGCAGCGGGGUUGCGCAGAAAUCAACCAACGAUGUAGCGUAAAGGAAGAGGAUUGGAAAAGAAUCCGGGGAACCUGACCAAUAAGGCGGAUAUUGCAGCUCUACCUCUUGCACAUGUCCGAUGUCGUCAUCGGGAAACCACUAUCGCACUGCCUCGUAUCGCAUCCCUGACACACACUAUGGAUCAGCAGAGGCUGGCAGUCCGGACUGAUGCGGCAACAUCAACAUUAAAGCAACUUGAUGGCGAAAACUAGAGGAGUCCCUUUAAGAUGACACGCACAGACCCUCCUGACAUACUGGUAUCAACUGUGCAUCGAGAUAUUAAAGUGGUCUCCAUUUCUUCACACUACAAGUCCUUGCAACCCUCCAAACAAUGUGAUUCUAUACAUUACAGCACACUGGAGGACAGUAAGAGCAAAGUCAAUAAGAGACACUGUCGUUCCUUUGACUACAGGUCAUUGGAGUACCCAAAAUCACACAAGUACUCAAUGGAGUCCCCAUUCAAGAAGGCUGAUAGGCAUGCAGCCAACCCAGAUGUUGCCUGGAACGCCUUGGGCCGCCAGCAGAGAUACCGCUUUUCUGCUCCGGACAUUUUCAGCCAUAGAUUAACUCCUCAACCAAUGGCUGCAGAUAUGACCAGUGAAGUCAUUGUCCCUGAACAAAAAAGAAGGACCAGGUCCAAAAGUGCCCCUCGAGUCCAGACCAGUCUCACCCCUGUGUCUUUUGAAGGGUCCUCAUCUUCAGGGAGGAAGGGCAGGGAGUCCCAAAGGGCUCCAAGAGAUUCUCGCUGGAGGCCUGAAGUAUCACCGCGUAGGGAGUCCUCCCACGCAGCAACUAGGGCUCAUAUGCAUGACGUCCAUCCAAUUAAGUUGCAGCCUCAAAUGAGUGACAGCAGUAGAUACUCACCAAGCUAUGCUGGUGAUAAUUCUGAGGAUGGAGGGCUGGAUAAACCAGCAACUAGUCCUCAUGUCAGGUGUCGAGUUGACAUAAAACCUGAUGAUGUAGCAUUACAUCAUUCAGGACGAAAACAGGCUACACAUCAAGUGGACAUACCCUGGCAGAGGCACCACAGUGGGGGGAGUAGGAGUCUGACUGUGCCACGCCAUUUCUCCUACUCAAGAACACCAACUCCCACCGAUUCAUUCGGCACAGAGGGUAGGCAAGCUUAUCAAUAUUCCCGCAGCAUGCCAAAUAGUUACAUACAACCUAUGGAGAUUCCUUUGCAAAGAAUGCCUUCAUCAGGUGAUUACCAUGGAAGGGAACGCAGAGCUCAUUCUAGUCCCAAUGUGCCAACCAAGUUCUUUUAUGCAGAUGAUCCAGGGAGAUAUGUGACUACUGCUCCUCCUCAACCAAGUUCUGGCUUUCAUGAUGAACGUUACACACCAGGACAAACAUAUACGCCAAAAGUGCAAUAUGUGCAAGAUCCAAGGACUCGAAUGGUGCAUGCUGUAACUACAAGACCCUAUUAUCCUGAGAUGGAGCCCUAUCAAUACUCUGUGCAGACAGGGUAUCCCAAACCCUAUGCAGCAAAUGAACCUGGGCCAUACAUCAUACAGACACCUCCAACAAGAAUAUUUUGUGGGGAUGAUCCAAGAUCUUAUCCAAUACAGACUGCUCCUCCAAGGAUUUAUUAUUCCAGCGACAUGUAUGCAAUGCCUCCAGAGCAUCAUAUUCCAGCAAGGGCGUAUUACACGGAAGGCCGAAGACAUGCUAGAGUUAUUCAGGCACAAACAGAUGACUGGUAUGGCUCAGAUGCAUCUGGUUAUUCCACCAAUCCUGCCUCUUAUGUAUCUCAAGUCACCCCAACCAGAGUCCGUCAAGAGCCUGUGUUAACACCAUGGUAUGCCAACCCAUGUGUAGAACCUCAAAGAAUUGGCACAGAAUCAAAAUCCUACUCAAGGUCCUGGGACAAUAUUCUCAACUCUCGUGUAGAGAGGGAACAACCUCUUCCUGUACAGCGGGGUCAGAGCUAUGAUGAUCUUCUUGACUCCAGGAAGCCUGCAGCAGCCACAGGUGACAAACCAGAACCAGUGGUAGUCAAUCUCUCCAGUUCACCAAGACGCUAUGCAGCCUUAUCAAUGUCUGAUAGCUCACUAAUUGACAAAAGCCCAACAGAGACAUCAAAGAGCACUAAUAGUAAACUCUGGUUUGUCACUCCUGAAAUAACAAUCACUGAUAAUGACAUUCGACCAGGGAAACAUAUUAAGGCUGAAAGACGGUCUGCCAGUUGGGACAUUCUUGACUCCAGAAGCAGCGAGGGUCCAGAACCAUUUCAGCGAGACUUUGAAAGCUCAACCAAAGAGAAGAUACAUGACAAUGCCUCACUACAGCAAAGCCUUGAACAACUUGAUGAGCUUCUGGCAGAUCUUGUGACUGAUUACAAGCCACCCAGUAGAAGGGCAAGUGAGGACAUUCUUGAUCAGCUAAAGAAGUUGAUUGAUGAGGAAGAAGCAGUAUCUCUGUCCAGAAAGAGCUCAAAGGCAUAUACAGAUGAACCAGCUCCUCUUGACAAGCAGCCAACCUCAAUAAGAAUGAAUCCUGAUGCUUUUCGAGACAUGGACGGAGCCAGUGAUGCAAUGAAGAGUGCAGAUGAGUGCUCUCCAGAUCAGAGCCCAGAUGAGGAUGAUACAAUGAUGUGCUCGAACAACAAAUGCCGGAGGACGGAGACCCUGUUCAAUGCUUGCCUAUAUUUUAAAUCCUGCCACAGCUGCUACACUUACUACUGCUCUCGUAACUGCCGCAGGGAGGACUGGGACAUUCAUAAAGAAAGCUGCCUGUAUGGCAGAAUUAGCAGCAUAUGUCGUCACAUCAUCAAACACUGCCGGGAGACUGUUGAAGUCCACAAAGCCUUCUCCCGUAUUGCCAAAGUUGGCUAUCUUUCUCGAGGUAGAGGAGUUCUAUUCCUUGGUUUUCCAAAUCCAGUGUCAUCCAGUAAAUUCCUGCAGUACGGCCUGGAUAGUCUACUUAUGUCUCCUACAUACUUGUCUCUCCGAGAGCUUGAAAGCUUCAAGGACAACUUAGGGGAGUACUGUAAGGAGCUGCAGGAAGCUGGUACCGAGUACGACCCUAACGAAUGUUUCAUCUUGAAUGUAUCCAUUGCUGUUGGUGACCAGUUACCUGAUGGGCCAUCUCCAAGAAACCAAGCUCCAACUGUCAGAAAAUAUGCAAAGGUAGCACUGGCUUCCUUCAGCCCUGAGAGAAAGGUUCACAAGAAAGAGAGUGACAUGGAAACGCUGAUCCUCACCCCACCCCCUGGAACAGCAGAUAUCGACAAAGAGGGAGAGGAAGGCAGGAAGGCCAGGGAAAUAUGUUUUAUAAAUAUACAACGGGAGUUAAGGAUUCGAGGGGUUUUCCUACGCCAUGAAUACCCACAGGUAUAUCAGCAGCUCUGUGAGUUUGUGGAAAGUAACAGAAGGUUCACACCCACAACUAUUUAUCCUAUCGAUAAGAGGACCGGCAAACAAUUCAUGUGCAUGAUUAUGGCUGCCUCGGAGCCCAGGACGUUGGACUGGGUCGGCACCCCGCAUCUCCUUGAUGACAUUAUUUAAGUGCACCUAUUGUUGUAAAUAUAUAUGUAUAGAAAUACAUAUAAAUUGUUUCACAUAUUUAUAUAUCAAUCCAAUUACAAACAUUUGUAGAUAAGUAUUUUGUUAACAGAAUGAUAUAUAUUCAUGUCUGCUUGAUCAGUAUUAUUCUUUUUCAGAAUAUUUCCUGUCAGGUGCUGAAUGAGUAUAGUACAUUAUUUGUUUUAAUCUUUUUAACAAGCACACAUCUUUUAUCCACAAGUCAUUUGUCUGUAUCCUGGUCAUUCACUGUUACAACACAUUCCCUUUGGUAGGGAUUACCUAAUCUCACAUUAUGGUAUUUUUAUUUGUGCAAAUAAUUAUCAAUAUGUUUUUUUUUCAACUUAGCCUCUUUAAAUGAGAGAGAGAGUCCAUCUCUGUGAGUAUAACGUUACUAUUUUUCACAUGUGACUCAAGUGGUUAAUCAUACAGAAAAUAUGAAACAUUAUUUUUCGUAAAUACUUUCUAUGCAAAGUUGCUUCAUGACUUAACCACAUUCCUGUAGAAGGAGUUUAUUCAGUUAUUAUAUUAUAUUAUUAUACACGUGACAGGUGUGCUACUUAAAACAUCAAUAAAAACAGGCACGAAGUCUUAUUGUUGCUUAAGUAGAAGUACUAUAUUGAAAGUGAACAUUUUCCUCUUUGAGUUGCCCUGGAGAAAUUCAAGCUAAGUUCAGUAAUUCUUUGAAUCCGCUCUUCAGAAUUACUGGAGCACUACUGAACUUGGCUGUUGAAAUGGUGCCAGUAAGCAGCCACACAGUAGGUGUCGGCCCGUGCUGUUCAGUUUUAAACACUGUGAAUAGUGAUAGUGACAAAAACUAAACUUGGUAUAAUACCAAGUAAAUCAUGCAAUUUCCUAUAACACUGAAGUUGAUGAGUUGUAUUUUUAGAUAUAUUUACAAACAAAAAAAUAUAUGAAUUAGCAGCAGGAGUUAUUGUCCUUAGAACGAGGUGAGCCAGAUUUGGCACAGUAGCUAUAUGGUACAUAAAAGCGUGAGAAGACAUUAGUUGUGUAUUUGUGCUGCACUAGGUUUAUUACAUGUGUGAUUUAUAUUGUCCUAUUUGGUUUUAGCGAAUGAGAACCUUUGCAUUGCUCAUUCAUUGUUUGCAGAAUUUUUAGAAACAUGUAUCAAUGCAACUCAGCCAUGUUGCCUCGUCUCUCAAGAUACAUACAUUUCUUGAUUUUGUUUUGUAGUGUCCUAAAUCCCAAAUUCCCUGCCAGCAGACUGGUGAUGAUUUAAAGUGUAGCUGAAACAUAUUGUAUGCUAAUAACAAAACUGUUUAAAAAUGAUUUGACCCCAUUUGUCAAAUGGCUCAACAUAUCCGGAAGACGUGAAGGAGUAUUUUGUCAAUCAGACCUCGGUAAUCAUUAAUUAAUUAAUCAUUGUUCCCCAUUUCAACCUCUUCCCUUGUGAUAUCAGCUUUCCUUAGAAUUUGUAAGACAAAGUACAGUGAAACUUAAAGUACAUAUAUAUUUGAAAAGCUGUUUCACUGAGUUACAGUAGUUGACUGGCUGACAGGACGAGCUGUACAGAUUCCGUGAGAAGUUGCUGGCUGCAUGUGACUGUUUUAUAUGCUCUGAUCAUUUUAACAUGACAUCGAUGACAGUAAAUUGCUCGAUGAAUGGACUUGUGAAAGUUAAAACUAUGCUGUGUAAGGAAAAAUAAAUGAAUUUUCAUCACUCAUUCAAGUUGAAAUAACGUGUCAAAGACAAGGAAGAAGAGACCUCACUAAAAUGUCUAGAAAAUUCUGUAAUCUUGUAUUUUUUUAUACUUUCAACAUAUGUGUGUGAGUGUGUCUAUUUAUAAACAAUAUCUAAUAAAUGGAAUGGGAACUCUGGGUGUCUGCCUGUUCUUUAGGUGUUACAGCUCAGUCCUUCAUAUGUCUUCCAUGUAGUGAGAGUUGUAAACAGGACAGUCAGUCAUUGGGGAUGAUAAACAUAAACCUUAGUCAGCUUGAUCAAAUGUUUGAAUGAUUCUUAGUUUUAGAUGAGAAAUGAAUACUAGUGGAAAAAUGUGAUUUUCCCAAAUAAGAGUAAAACUUAUACCGGAUAUGUUUUAUUAUACUGUAUAUGCUAUACGACAAAACGAAAUCAACUCAUUCAAACAAUCCAAAUAUGGUUUGGUAUACACUGAGCAAAGAAAUUCAAAUAUUCAAAUUUAUGUUUUAGAUUUUUAUUAAAUCUGACAUACAAUUUAAUGUCCAAAGUUAAAGUCAUUUAAAAAGUAAAUGUUAUAAGCAAAGAAAUCUGACUUCUGAUCAGAUUUUGUGAAACGGACUUUUUGUCCUUUUUUUUUUUUUAGCCAAUGUGCAGAUACAGCAGCACACAGGAGCCCAUGUUUUCCCCAGUCUGACCGUGGUGAUCAUACCAGAGCCUGGCUUAUGAUUUCAGAUUUGACCCCAACAAUGAUGUAGCUGGUACAGGCAUAUAACGGUAGACAAGUCUACCCGUGGUGAACAGGGCAGUGUGGGG